AUGGACUUGCAGAUGAUAGAUCUGGAUGCCGCGGACGCGGUGAUGUUCGGGCCUGCGCAGCCACAGAGGUGCCCCUGUGGCAAACUCUACCGCAGCAAAUUCACAUCGACACCGCUCACGGCCUUCGUUGGGUUCGUCGCCGAUGACGGCAGCAAGUCCAAGACGUCUCAAGAGAAGAAGGGGCGUCGCGUCGACCCGCUCUUCUAUGAGGGAAAUAUCUUCCUCCUGAAGCCUGCGGUGGAGAUGCCUGAACACCUGAUGGACAAACUGAGAUGCCUGAGCGCCUCGGGUGAGAUGACAGCCAGGGGGAACGAAGUUCAACGAACACGCACAUGCAAACGGUCUGUUGCAGGUGACUUCUUCACAAGCUUGAUGGCGCGGUGUGCGGUUGAGAUUCGUCGCAGCGCACCCAAGAUGGCCUCCCUCUUCGACCAGGAGGGGCUGAGCCUCAAGGCCUUCAUCGUCAAGCUCCUUGUGUUUGCCGUCAAGCCAGAGCUCUUCGACGACCCCUUCUCGGAGGUCGUCCACCUCGGCUCCAGAAAACUACUCGCAAACCGCAUGACACGUAAGCCCUCUCUCAUCUGCACACACGCACGGGAAGCGUGAUGAAUGAUGCAUGUGGUCGUGCAGGAGAGGAUUUUGCGAAGGCGAGAUGCUGUCUGCUCGAUGCCCUGAGCAAGAUCGAGUCGGCGAACGUGGCCCGGAGUUUGGCGAAUGAGUCCAAGAACGUCAAAGAGCCGUCUGGCGGCCGUGACGAUCGCCGGUCGUCCAUCUUCAGCGCGUCGACAGCAGAACCCUCCUCCUCCUCCCACCUCGAUAGUGACUUGGGUCUCGAGCUCGUCGACCAGCAACCAAACAGAGGUGAGGAGUAACCGAUUCAAACGCCCUCUGUGGUGAUCGUCUCUGUUCCUUCUUCAGCGAGCUCGACACAAGGCUACAUCGUGGCAUCUGACCGUGACGCUUCCCCAAAGGCCGUUGCCGACACAGUGGUCAACGUGCGCAAGACAGGCCAAGCAGCGUCGUAUAGGGCGCUCUACAGGGAGCGAAAACGCAGUUACCAGCAGUUGAUGCGGCAACUGCGCGAGAGAUGUCGCCGGGAGGCGGUGGAGAGCGGCGUGGCAGUGAUAAGGGAGAAGGAGCCGUCGUCGGCGCGGUUCUUCGACAUCAAAGACGUGGCCUUCAUGAAUGAGGCCAUCACUAGGUGAGUGCGCAGGUGCUGGACUGCGCAGUGUGGCUGUGUCUCCCUGUGGUCAGUCUGUCUUGCGUGUGUGUGUGUGUGUGUGUUUCUGUGUGUCUUUGUGCCUAGCAGGUACUGUGUGGCGUGGGAUAUCUUUCAGCCAUUGCCUUAGGAAGCGGCUGCCGGGGCAGCAGCGCCGCCGACAGGGAUAGGAGAGAGUGACAGAGAGGUCUAGCCUGUCUCGUGUCCAUGGACCACCUGCGCCGACAAUGGCUGAUUUGUUGGGUGUGAGGGAGAGACACGUGGGUAUUUUUUCGACCCUGUUUCCAGUUUUGGGUUUACAGUGCGUGUCAAAGGAUUGACCGAUUGCCAUGAAUCCUCCAUAUACACCGG